AUGAAACUUCUUAUGGCCCGAUACUGGCUUGAUGGUAUGAGAUGUCACAUCGACGAUGCCUUUAUGAAUGCCCUUAAUAUCUUGGAAAACAUUAAGGAAGAUUAUUCAACCGAGGUCUGUGAUCGUCUGGAUCGCUUCCGAGAACCGCUUUACGAAGAGAACGAAUGCAAAGCCAUCGAGAAUGCAGAGGCUGAGAGCAUUCGUAGAAUGAGGGCAGGACAUGACCAGCAGUUGCAGCAAGAUCUGGCCAGAGUGUUCGCAGAGGGAAAAACUUGGCUUCAGCGACUUUGGCAAGAGGAUGGCUCGAAAACAUGGGGAUAUGCAGUUUUUGAGAGUCCACAGUUUGUUGCUGAUCCUAAAUGUGAUGUCUAUAAGGGAGAGCAAAAAAAGGUAAUAGAAAAAUCUCUGGAUCGCAUCGGUGCGGGUAUGGAGAUUUUUCGCCGUUACAAGAUGGAAACGCAAUCCUGGCCAUCUCAGAUUAGUACUCAUCGAUUCCCCGAGGUUGUCGACAAGUUGCGCCAAGAGUUCAAGAAUCGACGAAAUAGAGGCAGCCUUUCUGACGGUCUUCUUCCGAACGUUUUCUUAUACCUGGAUCACGAGUCUGCGAUCUCACUAUUUCAUGCCCAUGGGCAUGUCGACGCUAUGUGGAUCUGGGCUGUUGAUCCGGACUACGAGCCUGAGAAUGAUCCUACAGGCGAUUAUCAAGGCUACUUGCGUGUUUGUCUCAAGCAACUCGUGGAUAACUUCUACGUUGCUCGCCGCUGGCAAAGUGACCUUUCAAUGAACGAUCUUUGGAACGCGGCUCAAAGAGAGUCAAACGAAGCAUUCGCAUCCGUGGAGCCGGAGAUGCCAGAUGAAUUCCCCCUCAGAACAAAAAGCAACAAUGUUGCACCGGAAUAUUUACGAGUUUUACAUCCAAUAAGGCAUGACUGA